UGUUACUUGCCAACGGGAGCAACGCGCGGCCCCGGCGGCCGGAGCCCAGCGCAGCCCGCGGCGCCCGGCGGGGAGGGCAGCAGUGAGCAUGCAGAGUUCAGAGGGUGGAUCCGACUCAGCAGCUUCUGUUGCUCUUCACCCUUCUGCAUCAGCCCAAGCUCCGGUGGUGCAGCCAGUGCCAGCCUCUCAGCAGAGGGUUCUGGUCCAAGCAGCAGGCUCCACUCCCAAAGGGGCACAGAUGCAGCAAAUCUCUGUUCCCAGAGUUCAGCAGGUUCCACAACAGGUGCAAGCUGUGCAGCAUGUGUAUCCAUCCCAGGUCCAGUAUGUGGAAGGAGGAGAAGCUGUUUAUACCAAUGGAACCAUACGAGCCACCUACUCCUACAACACCGAAGCUCAGAUUUACGCCCCCAGCAGCGCCGCGUCCUAUUUCGAACCCCAGGGAGGUGGAGCUCAGGUGACUACAGCGACAUCUUCUCCUACAGCCAUUCCCUCUCACAACAUGGUGGGCAUCACCAUGGACAUUGGGGGAAGUCCGAUCCUCUCCGGCUCGGGAGCCUAUCUCAUUCAUGGGGGGAUGGAAAACACUAGACAUUCUCUGUCACAUACUUCACGCUCCUCUCCAGCAACGCUUGAAAUGGCGAUUGAAAACCUACAAAAAAAUGAAGGGAUUACAUCACACAAAAGCAGUUUGCUCAACAGCCAUCUCCAGUGGUUGUUGGACAACUAUGAGACAGCAGAAGGUGUCAGCCUCCCCAGGAGCUCCCUCUACAACCAUUACCUGAGGCACUGCCAGGAGCACAAACUGGACCCGGUGAACGCCGCCUCCUUCGGGAAGCUGAUCCGCUCGGUGUUCAUGGGGCUGAGGACUCGUCGUCUGGGAACCAGGGGGAACUCCAAGUAUCAUUAUUAUGGCAUCCGACUCAAGCCAGAGUCUCCACUGAACCGUCUGCAGGAGGACACCCAGUACAUGGCCAUGAGGCAGCAGCCCAUCCACCAGAAGCAGAGGUACAGACCAGUGCAGAAGAUGGAUGGCAUGGCAGAGAGUGGGUCCAACAGCAACCUGCACACCACCCCAGAGCAAUCAGUUGCUGCUCAAAGUCAACACCAUCAGCAAUUCAUAGAUGUAACCCACGUCUUUCCUGAGUUUCCAGCCCCUGAUCUGGGCAAUGUCCUUUUACAAGAAGGGGUCACCAUGAAUGAUGUGAAAACUCUGCAGCUUCUCUACAGGCGACACUGCGAGGCAACUUUGGAUGUUGUAAUGAAUCUUCAGUUUCAUUAUAUUGAGAAACUCUGGCAAUCCUUCUGGAAUCCUAAAACCCCACCUGGUGAUGGCUCAGCUGCCCUGCCAUCCAGUGAAGAGGAGCAUGAGGGGACCCUCCCAAAGGACAAGCUGAUUGCUCUCUGCAAGUAUGAACCCGUCCUCAAGUGGAUGAGAAGCUGUGAUCACAUCUUGUACCAGGCCCUGGUGGAGAUUCUCAUCCCAGACGUGCUCAGACCGGUGCCCAGCACACUUACCCAGGCAAUCCGGAAUUUUGCCAAGAGUCUGGAAGGGUGGCUGAUGAAUGCAAUGAGUGAAUUCCCCCCCCAGAUUGUCCAGACCAAGGUGGGGGUGGUGAGUGCCUUUGCCCAGACCCUGAGGAGGUACACAUCCCUCAACCACCUGGCUCAGGCUGCCCGUGCAGUGCUGCAGAACACUUCCCAGAUCAACCAGAUGCUCAGUGAUCUCAACAGGGUUGACUUUGCCAACGUGCAGGAACAAGCCUCGUGGGUGUGCCAGUGUGAGGAAGGAAUGGUCCAGAAGCUGGAGCAGGAUUUCAAGCUCACCCUGCAGCAGCAGAGCUCUCUGGACCAGUGGGCUAGUUGGCUGGAUAAUGUUGUUACCCAAGUCCUGAAGCAUCAUGAGGGCAGUCCCAGCUUCCCCAAGGCAGCCAGGCAGUUCCUGUUGAAGUGGUCUUUCUAUAGCUCCAUGGUGAUCAGGGACCUCACCCUACGCAGUGCUGCCAGCUUUGGGUCCUUCCACCUGAUCCGCCUGCUCUAUGAUGAGUACAUGUUCUACCUGGUGGAGCAUCGUGUUGCCCAGGCAACGGGGGAGACUCCAAUUGCAGUCAUGGGAGAGUUUGGUGACCUCACAUCCCUGUCUCCAACACUGCUGGACAAAGAUGACAUCAGUGACCUGGGCAGUGAGGUGGACACCGACCCCCGGAGCGUGGGGGAGCCGCUGGUGAAACGCGAACGCAGCGACCCCGGGCACUCACUCCAGGAGAUCUGAAACAGGGAUUGGGAUUUUUCUCCAGCUGGAUGAAGACAUCGGGAGCCCGGUUUGGGGGUCGCAAGCCUGAGCCUCCCCUUCCCUGUGUUAUUAGUGCCUCGUAGUUUCUCUUUAUGUUUACUUGUGUUUGAGGAUGGGCUCCAGGCUGAGCCUGUGUGGGCAGUGGGAUGGGGCUGGUUUGUCCCCCUGCUCCUCCUGCCUGCUGCUGGCUGGGGAGUGAAGGUCCAAAGUUUUCUACCAAGAGCUGGAAGCCUCCGUGGUCAGCAGUGGCUCAGAUGUGUGUGGCUGGGAGGGGCUCUCCUCUCUGGCCUCAGCAAGGUGGGCAAAUGAGGCUUUCCCUUUCAGGAAAGGUGAUUUGGGUUUCUUCCCCACUUCUCAGACUUCACUGUGAUACAAACUUGAACCCAUCAGUGCCCAAGAAGAAGGACAAAUACCUGACCCUUCUCCAGCCUUUCAAGACAAACUGGCCUGGCUCUGACUUGCCAAAUCAUUUGUCUGGGAAGACAGGACAGUGUGUCUGCCUUGCACCCACCUGGGGAGAGGGCUCCAGGCUGCACGUCCCUCUGGUCCUGGUGGAGUGGUGCACGUGUGUGCUCUGGAACUGACUCCUGUGCUCUGGGACUGACACGUGCUCACUCUGGGACAACAGGACACACAUUCCCACCUCCUCCCAUGUCUCUGCAGCUUGCCAUUUCACCACUGAUCCACAAAUGCUCCUUGGGACACUGUCAGGCCAACUCAAGAUACCAAAGGACUCUGAGGAAGCAGCAGCUGGUUGCAAAGCUUGUUCAUUGCCCCCUGCCCUCUGAUACCUGUGGGCAAUCCCAUUGCCCAGGCACUCCCCAUCCUCCCCGUGGUCCCCAGGUAGAGGGGAACUGGUCCCAUGUCCUGGGUUUUGUGAAAUUCUUGCUUGAUGUCCCAUUACAAUGCUGCAGGUUGGGUGCAGCUGCCCACGGGGCAGAGGGGAUGUGACUGCAGUGCCUUAGGGUGGGCUGGCUGCCCCUGUCCCCCUGCUCCAACUGGGAGAAAGCAGCAGUUCCCUGCAGCAGGCAGGGGCUGCCCCAGCCCCCAGCUGUGCUCAUACCACGGGGACAUUUCCCCUGGUUGGGUGGCUUUGUCUUCUCUUGUUGUGGCAUUGCUGUGGUGGCUGCUGUGGAGCUGAGCCAGGGGAGCUCCUGCCCCAGUGGGGUUUUGUUCUCCCUUUCUGGGUCCUGUGGGGUCUGGGCUGAUGUGGAGUACAGGGCAGAGGAGGGGGUUGGAAUCUGUCAUCAAGCCAAACUGCAAAAACAAACCCCUGAGGCAAACCUUUCUGUGAAUAAAGGUGGUGUCAUAAAUAGCUUUUAUUAUGAUUAUUAUUAUUUCUAAUGAUACAAUAUUGGAUGUGUGCUUUUCCAGGGGCCUCCUGUACAUUCACAUCGAGUAUGUUCUAUACAAAUCUAUUAUUUACUCAUCCCAAAUGGUACUUAGGGAGCUGUGACACUUUAAAAAAACAACAUUGCUAAUGAAAAGUAACAAGAGAGUGUGUAUAGAGGCACCUCUUUCCCUCUUACUGUCCCGUGCUGUUGUCUGUCAGGGUGAUGUUUGUCUGUAACUGUCUCAUAGGUGCAGGAGAUAAGUAGGAAAGCUGGAGUUCCCUGUAAAUAACAACAAUGAACACUCCCUGAGUCAGAGUCCACACUUCAGAUACUGCUGAGGAGAUGCUUUAAAAAAAAAAACCACAACCAAAUGAGCAACCAGGGUAUAAACUUCCCUGCUCCCACCAAGUAUGAUCCUAACUUCAGCUGGUGCAUUGGCUCCUUUUUGCAGCUGCCACUGACCCAACCCAGCCCAGCCCAACCUUCUGCUUACCAUGGACCUGCAAAUGAGAUGCUCUGGAGCUGUGCAGCACUGUGCAAGGAGGCUGGAGAACCACCAAAACCCCAUCUG